CCCUGCCAUGCUGCGGGCGCUGUGGCGGUGCCGGCGGGGCCCGGCCUUGGGCCCCGCACCAGGCCCAGGCCUCGGCCCUGGGCUCGGUCCCGGCUCCGGCCCCUGCUGGGGCCCGGGGCUCGUCCCGGCGCGGGGCCGCAAGACGCGGUACGACCCCCCCGCCAAGUCCAAGGCGUCGCGGGUGAAGGAGCCGCCGCCCGUGGACCCCGAGGAGCUGGUGGUGAUCACCGAGCGGUACCGGCAGCACCGCCUGGUGCUCGGAGCGCUCCGGGCCGAGUUCAGGGCCGAGGUGCUGCAGAAGAAGCGGGCGGCUCAGCUGAGCGGGGAGGACUCGGCCCAGCUGCUGCAGGAGCACCAGAGCCUCAUGGCCUGGAACCAGGAGGAGAACGCGCGGCAGCGGGCGCGCAGGGAGGAACGACUCAGGAAAGAAGCAGAAGAGGAGAGGAGGCAGAAGCUGAAGGCUGCCGAGUCCCAAGCCAGGAAAAGGGAGGCUUUCCUCAAGGAGAGGGAGAAGGAAGUUCUCCGGCUCCAGGAAGAAGCCAAAACCUUCAUCACCCUGGAGAACCUGGAUGCCCGGAUCGAGGAGUGCCUGGACAAUCCCCGCAACUACAACUUUGCCAUCGACAAGGACGGGCGCAUUGUCAAGCGGACAGUGUUGUCCUAAGAGCUCCACUUAGGAGCCAGUUUCUUUCCUUCCAAUGGAUAAAUCCACCUGGAAGUGGUGGAGAGCA